GAUGAGAUUGCAAUUUCAGUUGUUCAACGUGUGAAAAAAAAAAUAAUGUUAAAUUUUCCGUAGCAAUAUUUAUGAAUAAAAAAAGAAAAAAAAAAUUAUCAAACCAUGAUUUUGAUGUGACGAUAAAAUAAUUAAAUUACAGAUAAUUUUAAAUUAGUGGUAAAAAAAAAAUUAAUAAAAUUUUCAAGUGUCAAGAAGGUUAUAAAUAAAUUUAAAAAAAAAUAAAAAAAAAUGGGUGAAUCGGUUAUGAGUAAUUGUUGUAAAGAAAAAUUGCGAUCAAGUGAUAAAAAUGAUUAUUUACAAUCAAACCUGAGAGAAACACUGAACGAAAUGAGUAAACGUGAAUGCGAAUUGAUCCAAACACGUCAUAAUUUAACACAAAAUAUAACAUCACUUGAACAAGCAAUAGCAAUAACUGCAUAUAAAAAUUUGUCAUCAGUACCUAAGAAAAAUAAACAAUUAUUUUUAGAUGUAAUAAAAAAUUUAGUUGAUGAAUUAACACCAUAUCCUCAUCCAACUCCAACAGAUAAAUUAUUAGAAAAAAAAAAAUUAGAGUUAAAAAAAAUUGAUGAAGAAAUUGAGGUCUUACAUAAACAAGUACUUGAUAUUGAAAUUAAACUUGAAGAAUCAGAAAUUGAAUUAGAAUCAUUGGAAGCAAUUAAUAAUGAGCUUGAUGAAAAACUUAAAAUUUAUGAAAAAAAAAUGUUAAAACAUGAUAGAAAAUCAAAAGCAUUUCCAGAUCUUAGUUCAGUUGUUGCUGAGGAUCUUGUUUGUUUGGGUAAAUUAAGGGGACUUGUUGAGCAAGAGUUACGUUUAAAAAAUUGUAUAAAUAUGCUUGAAGCUCGUGAAAAUAGUAUGAAAAUUCAAUUAAAUAAAUUUAUGACAACUGAAAAAGAUGAUUCUUGUCCUAGACCUCGUAAAUUGAAAAAUAAAAAAUUACAAAAACGAAGAAACAAACAUAAAAUUGAAAGAGUAAAAGCACCAAAAAAAAAUCCCUGUGUAGUAUCAAAAAAACUGUGUCACUGUGGUAGUACUGAGAGUUUUAAUUUAGAAGAUACAACAUUGAGUGACGAUGAUGACGAUACAAGUAGCGAAGAAUUUUGUGAUUGCUGUGACUGUGAAAUGUCAACAACAACAACUGUUAACUCUUCUGAUCAAUAA